UUUGCUAAGCGAAAGCGAGAAGCGCCCGUUUGUGGAGGAGGCAGAACGGCUGCGCGUCCAACACAAGAAGGAUCACCCCGAUUAUAAGUACCAACCCCGCCGGAGGAAAAGCGUCAAAGCUGGCCAGAGCGAUUCCGAUUCGGGGGCCGAGUUGAGCCACCACGGCGGGAACCAGAUCUACAAAGCGGACGCUGGCCUGGGGCCCAUGAACGAGACACACCACCACGCCGACCAUGCAGGGCAGACCCACGGGCCCCCUACCCCGCCUACCACCCCGAAGACGGACCUGCACCAUGGGAGCAAGCAGGAAAUGAAGCACGAAGGGCGCCGUCUGGUGGAAAGCGGAAGGCAGAACAUUGACUUCAGCAAUGUGGACAUCUCGGAGCUGAGCAGCGAGGUGAUCAACAACAUGGAGACCUUCGAUGUCCACGAGUUCGACCAAUAUUUGCCACUCAACGGCCAUUCCGCCAUGACAGCCGACCACGGGCAGAACUCCACAGCAGGUUCCUACGGGACCGCCUAUUCUCAUUCAGCCAACGGCGGCAGCGGUGGGGCGGCUCAGGUCUGGACUCACAAGAGCCCUUCCUCGGCGUCUCCUUCCUCCGCGGAAACUGGUCAGCAGAGGCCCCACAUCAAGACGGAGCAGCUGAGCCCGAGCCAUUACAGUGACCAGUCUCACAGCUCUCCUACUCACUCCGACUACGGAUCUUACACUGCCCAGGCCUGUGCCACAACAGUGUCUUCAGCCACAGCCACGGCCUCCUUCUCCAGCUCUCAGUGUGACUACACAGAUCUCCAGAGUUCCAACUACUACAACCCGUAUCCGGGUUACCCUUCCAGCAUCUACCAAUACCCCUAUUUCCAUUCGUCCCGUAGACCCUACGCCACCCCAAUCCUCAACAGCUUAUCCAUCCCUCCUUCGCACAGCCCCACCGCAAACUGGGACCAGCCAGUCUACACGACUCUGACGAGACCUUGAGAGGACCGAAGGAACUGUUGGGUUUGAGGUCCUCCUCUUCCUCCCACAAAAAAAACCCACAACCCACCACGAAAACUUAAUGCACUGUGUGGAAAAACAAAACCGGAAAGCGACGAUGCGAGAAUCCAUAUCGGAAUGUCAUUUCGUUGCCCCAAGUGCCUCCUUCUCCGUACGACUGGACGCCUUC